AUGCCGAUAAAUAGAUCGCCUCCUCUUACGGCUACAACUAAGUUAUCGCUCACUACGCCGGUGUUAGCCCCGUUGCAACAUAGUUCAUCCGUGCCGAAUAUUGCAAGCGAGGAUCGCGAGAAGCGUCCGGAAUGUGACAUUCCUAACAUUACUCAACGUAAUAAACGUAAGUGUUUGGAUUUGGAUUUGGAUACCCAACACGACAACCAAAUAUCAGUUUUUAUGUCUGAGAUGAAAACCAUGUUUCUUGAAUUUAAGGAACAGCAGGAUAAAAAAAUUGAGAAGAUUUACACAUCAAUUGAGGAGAUUAAAGCCCAAAACGUGACUAUUCAAUCUACGGUCACUUUCUUGUCACAGAAUUACGAUGCGCUACAGGAUAGAAUCAAUCAAUUGGAGACACAACUUGUGACAGAAAGAGAAACUAAUUUGUUGCAUCUACAAAAAUUGGAAGACAAUCUUGAAAAAAUGGAGCGGGGAGCUAGGUCUACAUGUGUGGAAAUAAGAAAUAUACCAGUUAAACCUCAGGAGUCCAAGGAAUCUCUUGCUGCAAUGGUUACCAGGAUUGGGCGACAAUGGAUGGCGGAAUUAAAAAUCCAAUUGCCAGUAGUACGCUACGAGUGUAAUAAUGUUAAUAUUAAAGAUAAUUUAUUUGAUAUGUCUACCCGCAGUUCCAGAUACUGUAAGGCGUUCGCUGAUGGUUUGGGCCGAUUCACGGGAGGCACGGUGAGCAUUCACGUCCGCGAAGGGGCACGACCGGUGUUCAUGCGCGCUCGCCCACUCGCGCUGGCUUUACGGGAGCCAGUGGAACGCGCCCUGGCCCAGAUUCAGCGCGACGGCAUCCUCUCACCAGUGGAGCGCUCCGACUGUGCGACACCUAUCGUACCGGUGGUUAAAAAGGACGGUAAUAUAAGAAUUUGUGCAGUGUGA